GGACAGGAACGCGGUGGUUAAAGUCGGCGCGAUGGCGAGCGCCACAGUGUGCGCGCUUUUCGGCGGUGUGGUGUUCGCUCAGUACAUUUUCACCAAAAAACAGAGAGCGGGGAAGAAAACCAAGAUAAUCGAAAUGAUGCCAGAGUUCGAGAAAAACACCGUUCACAUCAGAGACCCUGAGAGGGUGGAGCAGAUUAUCUGUGGUCUCAUUAAAGGUGGAGCUUCCAAACUGCAGAUCAUCACAGAUUUCGAUAUGACGUUAAGCAGAUUUGCCGUCAAUGGAAAACGUUGUCCAUCAUGUCAUAAUAUCAUUGACAACUCAAAACUGGUGACAGACGAUUGUAGGAAGAAGCUGGUCCACCUAAAGGAAACGUAUUAUCCCAUAGAGAUAGACCCUCAUCUGACAAUGGAGGAGAAAUAUCCAUUUAUGGUGGAGUGGUAUUUUAAGUCUCACACAUUAUUGGUUGAACAGAGAUUGGAAAAAGACAAACUUCCAGAGGCCGUCAGAGAGUCGGACGUCAGUCUAAAGGAAGGUUACGAGCAGUUCUUUGACCGGCUGCAUCAGCACAGCGUUCCCGUGUUCAUCUUUUCGGCGGGUCUGGGGGAUGUGCUGGAGGAGAUCAUCAGACAAGCUGGCGUCUACCACCCCAACGUCAAAGUUGUGUCCAACUUCAUGGACUUUGAUGACAAUGGGGUUCUGAAAGGCUUUAAAGGAGAGCUGAUCCAUGUUUACAACAAGCAUGACGGUGCUUUGAGGAACACGGAGUACUUCAAACAGCUGAAGGACAAUGGAAACAUUAUUCUGCUAGGAGACUCGCUCGGGGAUCUCACCAUGGCAGAUGGUGUCCCCAACGUGGAGAACAUCCUCAAGAUCGGCUAUCUCAAUGAUAAGGUUGAGGAACUGUUAGAAAAGUACAUGGACUCUUACGAUAUUGUCCUGGCGAGGGAUGAAACACUUGAAGUGCCUAAUUCCAUACUGCAGAAGAUCUUAUAAUCGACACCACAGAACACAGCCUGCUCAGAAAAGACUCGUAUUCCAGGAUAUUCGGAGUCUCCUGGAAAUUUCCAGCACACUGAGGCCGGCCUUUAUACUUCCACAUGCCUCACAAGCCAUACACACUCUGCACCCCUUUUAAAAGUUAUUUCCAGUCGAGAUAAUGAACUAUUUUAAUAAACACCUACAUCCAAAUUUUUGGUGUAAACGAAUAUCAAACGAAAAAAAUGCAUCACAUCGUUUGCAGAUUGGUACAAAUUAUUGUUUGUAGUAUUUUUGAUAUGGAAACCUGUGUAUUCAUUGUUUGCAAUAAACUUCGGGACUGUGAACGGUACCCAAUGAUACCUCGCGUUCAUGAACGUCGUGAAUGUGCACUUUUCAAUUCGGAAGAUCUGUCACAGUUCUCGGGGAAUCUUUGUAUCUCGUGAGUACGCAGGCUGCAUGCACAGAUCCAAAUUAAAGCUAUACUGUAAAUGAUUGCUUUCAAAAACAGUCAUGAUGUGUUGUUAGUGUUGUCCUAUGUGAAUGUUUUAGCAUAAAUGCUCAUCGUUUUGGUGUUGAUAUUUGCACCUUUUGUUCACCUGCAGGUAGGCAAUAAAACUUUGUUUGGUUUUUUUUCUCCA